UCGUAUGGUGGGCGAGUUUGGGGAGUGUUUUGAGGAGGUGGAGUUUGGUGCCGGGCCAUCAAAACAAGGCAAAGGCAACUCAAUUCGCAGCCACCACAAACCUCGCCGACAUCGACAUCAUAGUAGCCUUAUUCGCUAUAGCCCGGCACCACCUCUCUCUGUUGUAUCUUCAUGUUGUCCUUCGGCGUGUUGUUUCACUAAGGUGUUGUCUGCCUUCUCUUCUUAUUUCUCUGGAUGCAUGUUUCAUCUUCUAGAACGCACGAGCACGCCUUCCUCAUGACCAAUCUUUUGCUUGGAUUGUAUACAUGACGACUACCACGAGCUGAUGAUCUUUUUGACCACGAGAUCUCAUUGCAGCCGCACUCUUCAAGUCAUCCUCUGAUCUCUCGUCGCCCGCCACGUCUGAUUCCGCAAGAACCUUGUCAACCUCGUAGUCAUGGAUCCUUCCAAGCAGUCUACCUUUACCUCGUUACCCUCCCCAUAUGCGUCCGGCUCUACGCAUGCACCUUUCCGUUUGGAUGAAGGAUUCUCGGAAGACACUUCGAGUCAGGAUGAAAAUGGCAGAAAUAUGUUUGACGCCACAGCUGCACGAUUUCAAGAAUGGGUUAUGGCUCAGAACGAAGAUGCCAGGGCCGAGAUUGCAUACGAAGUCCUACGAACACUACGGACCUCCAAUAUUGCAGCCGUCGUCGAUCGGCUGACACCCUUACUGCACAUGGACCCGAUAGAAAAACUCCCUGCGGAGAUCACGUCACAGAUGUUUUCGUAUCUCGAUGCCAAUACUCUACUGAUAGCAUCGCUUGCCUCUCAAACCUGGCGCGCACGAAUCGUGGACCCCAUGCUGUGGCUGGACCUCUACGAGAGUCAGGGUUGGGCUUAUGAUAGAAGGGAAGUCAGAGCUUUCGAGCAUGCACACAAUUCUCUCAUUCGCAACGAGUUCAAGAAAUCUCGAGGGCAGUUUCAUAGCCAGCCUACGAAGAAGCGUGUAACAAUGGAAUGGCUUGAGUCGAAAGGUCGAAAGUUGUCAGCCGAUGUAUCUCAGUGGCGAGAACAGCAUGGUGUGAUUGAAGCAGACACGGAUAUAAAAUCGGAACCCGAAGACAUGGAAAUGCACGAUGCGCCCAAUGAUGUACAGAACUCUCCACCACGGCCAAACAAGAGGUCGAGUCAGGAGUCGGGCGAUGAGAUGGACUACUAUUCAAGUCCUCAAGAGAUCGAAUAUGAAAGUGACAGGGGAAAAGGCAAGGCGGUUGAUAAUCAUACCCAUGGUCCCAGAUCACAGCUCGCCAUCACUGGUUCUGACGGGCGAGAGCGAUUGAAUUGGCUGCAUCUUUACAUGCAGCGUCAGAAAUUAGAGCACAACUGGACAAAGGGUUUGUACUCUACUUUUCAACUACCUCACCCCGACCACCCGAACGAGGCACACACCGAAUGUGUAUACACAAUCCAAUUCUUUGGCAAGUGGUUGGUGAGCGGAAGUCGCGACAAGACACUGCGUGUAUGGGACCUGGAAACUCGACGGUUACGUGGAAAGCCUUUGGUCGGUCAUUCACAGUCUGUCCUAUGUCUCCAGUUCGACCCUACGGAGGAUGAAGAUAUCAUAAUAUCUGGUAGCAGCGACGCGAGUGUGCUGAUCUGGAAAUUCUCAACGGGUCAAAAGUUGCACGAAAUCCCUUCGGCACAUGAGGAAUCUGUGCUCAACCUCAAAUUCGACAAACGGUAUCUUGUGACUUGUUCUAAGGAUCGCCGCAUCCGAAUAUGGAACCGCCGCCACUUGACUGCGACAGACCCGGACUAUCCAAAAGUCAGUAAGCACAGCUCAGCAAAGGUGCCCUCUUACAUUGUCAAUACAACAGACAUGGAUCCAUCUCUACUUGAAGCGAGGCUCCCCAAUGGUACCAUCCGAGCCCUGAAGCCCUACAUGCUUCUAUUGACGCUAGAAGGACAUAAUGCUGCAGUCAACGCCAUCCAAAUCAGUGGUGAUCUCAUCGUCUCCGCAUCAGGUGACAGGCUCAUCAAGGUAUGGAAUGCCAGAAAUGGCAAACUCCUCCGCACAUUGCAAGGGCAUCAGAAAGGCAUUGCUUGCGUUCAAUUUGACAGCAAGCGAGUUGUCAGUGGAAGCAGCGACAAUACCGUACGAAUAUACGAUCCAUAUACAGGAGCAGAGGUUGCAGAACUCAAGGGCCAUAACAACUUGGUGAGGACCAUUCAAGCAGGAUUUGGUGAUCUGCCAGGCUGCGAUGAGGAUGACAAUCUUCGAGCCAGAGAAGCCGAAAGAAAAUAUCUCGAGCGUCUGACGAACGGUAAAAUUGUCGAAGACAGACAAUAUAGGCGAGAGAUCAGGAAUGGUGAUCAUGGGAGCUCUCGACUUGCUCUGGGUGCGAAAUUGCCCCCUGGGGGAGGCGGCAGCAAAUGGGGCCGGAUUGUGUCGGGCAGUUACGAUCAAACAAUCAUUAUAUGGAGAAAGAACGCAGAAGGUCAUUGGGUGAUUGGAAAACAAUUGCGCCAGGAGGCGCACGGUCAGGAGACCGCCACUGCACGACAGCGUUCUCAGGCUCAAACUGCGGAUAUGGACCCUCAGUCCUUGCCAGCAUCACAACCUACCAGUAUCCCAAAUCCAGCUGUCCCUCAAGUCCACUCCGCGCCAGCCAAUCUCGGUCCCGCUGGCGCUGCACAUCCGGCGGCGAUGUCUGCAUCGCAAAUCGUCCAACAAGCCGUCGGAACCUCCUUCGCGAGUCUGGGUGCCGGCCUUACGAAUGUCAUGGGCAUCGGGCGGGUGUUGAAUCCUCCUAUCACCGGUCCCAGAAACGGCGCCAGUCAACAAUCUAGCUUCUCCUCGAGUUCGACGAUUAGCGGUACACCCCAGAGCAUCGCUUCAGCCGCCGCGGCGCAUACUCAGGCUCUCGUAUCUCAGUCUGUACAGCAAGCGUUGAAUCAAGCCGCGCUGCAACGCUCUUCUUCUCGGAACCAGACCGGCGGCCAGAACCAGAGCCAGACCAUACAUGUGAACCUAGGGCAGCCGCUGAGUGCAGCUUCAGCGACUGCUGGCUCGAGUUCGAGUUCGCAUGGCCUGCCACAAGUACAAGGACAAGCGCAGGUUAAUGUGGCUCUCCAUCCGCAAGUAGCCGCGGCUCAGCAGCAGCAACAACAUCAACAAGCGCAGCAUCAGCAGGCCGCGGCGUCGAACCAGGGUCAACAGGGGGAGCAGCAGUCCUCAGUGUCACGAGUGUUUAAACUACAAUUCGAUGCGCGGCGGAUAGUCUGUUGCUCGCAGGACAGCAGGAUUGUGGGCUGGGAUUUUGCAAAUGGUGAUCCGGACGUUAUUGAGGCUUCUCGGUUCUUCAUUGGACCUUGACCUGCCUUUUUUUUUGGAGAUCUUCUUUUUGAGACCAGGGGGUUGUGACCGCCAGUAAUAUACUCACGAGUCUCCGAUUUGAGCAUCUAGGAUUUGUUUUUGACGUUUGGCUACGUUCUCGGAGGAUCAGUGUGGCACGUCACCAGGCAUGGAAGGUUUGAAGCAUUAGCAUUCAGGGGCUUCGGUU